AUGUUAGUUACCGAUCAGGGUUUUCUAGCUGAGAACAAAGGUGUAACAGUUUUCCGAAGACAAGAUCCGGAAGUGAAAUUGACGAGCAACAAGGAAGAGGCUGCGGGAGAGGAGGAGGGAAAGGUUGAAAACAAACCCAUUGGUUCAAGCGAGGAGCUGGGAGAAGAGGAGGCCCCAGACAGCAAGUCCAGUGUAAUUGACUCCGUGACGCCUGAGGAGUUCCAUAUAAAAAAUGUGUACCCUCCGAUUGAGUCAGUCCGAUUUCUUAAGGAUGAACCUCUUCAUAUCCCCAAACGUCUUAUCUCCCCGCAGACGGUCAAGUCGAAACACAAAUUUACUUUUGGCGCUCACUCUUUCAGCCCAACAUAUCCAUGGCGGCAUGAUCGUUUGAAUGAAAACAAGUACAACUCCGACAAGAAGCCAAACUGUGCCGAGGAUGACAAGCACUACUGUGAGAAAGAUGUACAUUAUCCAAUGAGUGAAAUAUUGGACUCAGCCCAGCAACACGCAACUCAGCUGCUCGAACUGUACGCUGAUGUUGCCAGCCUCGACACCGAACUUUCUGUGGCUUUGCCCGGGGAAGCCAAAGGCGAUGAAUCGUACGUCUGCCCAUCCAAUAUCACUUACGCUCAACCGUUCCGCGCCAAGAACAAGAGCGGCAAGUGGAUGGUGAUAGUGAACAACCUGCAGGUGAAUUACCAACUACUGACGCAGUCAGUGAGGCUGGAGGAAUGUCUUGCUACUGGGGAGAGCUGUCCCCUCAUACCCCACUGUUAUCAGUCGCGGUGUUCACAGAAGUUCAAUUACCACCGAUUUCUGGUGUAUGUUCCCUACGACCCCUUCUUUCCAUUCGCAAUUGAGAGCUUCAAACUUCCAUCCGCGUGCGCUUGUCACUUGAACGAAAAUUAG